AUAUGACGUCAUUGGAAAGGCCAAGGGCAACAUGGCGGAUGAAAUGUUGAACGGUCUGCAGCCAGCUACCUUUUGACGGUAUAUUGUACACACAGAAGUGCGAGCUUAGAUAGCUUCGUAACUGAUUUUUUAGUUUUUCCUGCCUGACUUUUACCAUCACGCAAAUGAAAUAAGGCCAACCUUGAGAUCAGGACGUGAACAAGUUCAGCGAAUGAAUGAAUGAAUCAAUGAACUUAACCUAAUUGGGUUUAUUAGGCGUCCCUAAGAGAUUCUGCGAUUCAACAUGCAGAUUUUCGUGAAUCUGUUAAACGCAAAGAAGAUUGUGGUGGAGGUGGAACCUUUGGAUACCGUGGAAACCCUGAAGAAUAAGAUCUCAGAAGCAACGGGACUUCCACUACCUGCCCAAUCUCUCUACGCGCAAAAUGGCGCUAAGAUCGAAAAUGGCCGUCGCAUUUAUCUGGGAGAUUUGAUAAAGCCAAACACAAUCAUCAAUUUGGCUCGCAAACGGGAUGCAUCGUUAUCUUCGUUUUAUGUCAAUGCUGUGACAGAAGCGGGGAGAGUUUUAACUGUAAUUCCUGAGGGAGGGAACUCUUCAAGUGUCCAGAAUUUGAGAAGUAAAUUAUCGACAAUGCUGGAUCUACCAGCAGACAGCAUGUUUCUGCGCCUGGUGGAUUUGUCUCGUUUCGUGAAUAAGGGUUUAGUGGUAUUAUUUAACAGUAUGGAGGAGUGUGGUGUGGUCAGUGGUUCUGUUUUGUACGUGCAAAUUCAUCCAUGGAAAGAAGAUUGGUUCCAUGGGAAAAUAACUCGUGACCAGGCAGAACAAGUUAUGUCUUCUGCUACUAAUGGACAGUUCCUGGUCAAAGAGAGCCUGACCUUUCCUGGUGAUUAUGUUCUCUUUGUUUGUAUUGAAGGUAAAACCAAGCAUUACAAAGUGAGCUGUAAAAGAAACAUGACUUUUACCAUCAAUGACAAAGAGUACUUUGACAAUAUCACUGAGAUGGUUACGUUCUACCAGAACAACACAGGAUGUCUGCCAAUUGAACUUACAGAACCUGUCUGUAGGUGUGAGUUCAAUGGCGGCAGUGCUGAUGAUUCUUCUCAGCAUACAGGAGAAGGCAACACACUGCCAAGAGCUCGACUUCAAACAAAUGCAAUCUCAGAAAUCCAGCUUCGUGUGAUAGUUGAGUCAAAGACAUUCUCACUUCUCACAAGUCCUUUUAAUCAAGUGCUUACCCUCAAAGAGCAGGUAGAAGAGUUAAGUGGGGUGCCUGCAGACUGUCAGUUGUUAGAGCUGGAUGGCAAGCCAUUGGUGAUGGAUACUUUUCUUCUUUGUGACUAUCACAUCAUGGAAAACUCAACAAUUUACGUUCAAGUUCACCCUUGGAAUGAGGACUGGUACGUUGGUAAAAUGUCAGCCAGUGAUAUAGACUGUGUUGUCAGUCAGCUCAGUGAUGUUACAGAUGGAAUGUUCCUAGUCAGAGAAAGCAUAUCACAUCCAGGAUGUUAUUAUCUUUAUGUCUGGUGUAAAGGCAAGUCAAACCACUACAGAGUACUCAACAAGAAAAACAUGUUCACUGUUGAUAACAAGCAGCAAUUUAGCAGCUUGUCUCAUCUGGUAGAGUAUUACAAACACCAGCGUGGUUCUCUGAAAACACAACUCACUAAGCCUGUGAAAUUGGACAAAGAACAGAGAGGUCUUAUUCCACCAGCCAUUCUUGCAAGAGGCAGUAAAGCCAAAGCAGCAUACAGACGAGCCUUAGAACGUGGUAAAACAUGUGACAUCCGUGUGCGAGUCAUGCUGAUUGGACAAGACCAUGCGGGUAAGACAAGUGUUAAGAGAUCUUUGAAGGGUGACAAGUUCAACAGAGAUGAAGCCAGCACAGCAGGAGUGCAGAUGGACCUUCCCUUGUUAAGCGUUGGAGAACGGCCGUGGAAGCCAGCAUCCCAGUCUGAUGAAACAACUACUGUGUUUGAUCAUAAGAGUGCACAGCUAGUGGCUCGGCAGCUGUCAGGAAGUUCUGAUGAACUGGAAGAGCCGCCCACCAAACGCAGUUCUUGUGAUAUGCUUGAGGAGUGUCCUGUAGAAAAGAAAUGUCAUGCUAAUGGAGUAGGCAGCUCUGAAUCUAAUGCUGAUUUGGAAAAGUUUCAUUCUCAGACCAGUGUUCUAUCCAAUGGGAUAGGAAGCUCUCAAGGUUCACCACUCUCCCCACCCAUGGGAGCAGUGAGUCAUAUGGAGCCUACCUCGCCAAUCUUUCAAGAUGAAGUGUUCACUAAUGAUCACGAUCCGUUUGGUGAUCUGCCACAGGAGAUCAUCAGCUUGGUAGAAGGUAUCCUCGUACAAGACAAUCAAACAACUGCAGUCGACGAGAUAUGGCCAGUAAUCUGGGACUUUGCAGGCCAAUCCCUUUAUCAUGCCAUACAUCCGAUAUUCAUGUCACGGGAGGCUGUAUAUCUGUUGGUAUCUGACCUAAGCAAAGACCUGUUCCAAAGGCCAGACACUCGUGCAAAACCUUGUGAACAGUCGCGUGAGCGGGGGAUGGAGAUGUCAAACAGGGGCGACUCCGGUCUUGAUCAUCUCAUGAAAUGGAUGGACUUGGUUCAUUCUUUUCAGGAUCCCAGCAGUGUGGAUUCCGUAGACAUUGCUCAGCCACCUGUCAUAUUAGUUGGAACGCAUGCAGACAAAGUGGUCGGUGAUCCAUGGCGCGUUAUGAAUGUCAUCUUGGACAGUUUUGAGGGAAAGGCCUUUUCAUCGCAUAUUGUUGACGAGAAAUUUGUGGUCGACAAUACUCGUGCUGGUCAACCGUUUCAACAUGAAGAUCAAAAUGUCCAGAGGCUGAGGAAGAAGAUUCUUUCCGUAGCUGCAACGUUACCUCACACAAAGCGAGAAAUUCCUCUGCAGUGGCUUCGCGUUGAGAAAGUACUCCAUCGGCUAGCCAGCAGUGGCGUCAAGCACAUUACUAAGACGGAUUUCAAAGCCAUUUCUAACAGAAUAUGUCAGUUUGAAUUCCAGGAAGAUAGUGAAGAGCUGCUUCAUUUCCUGUGUGAUUGUGGUGCAGUUCUUUACUUCAACGAGGCUGACAAUUCCAGCAGCUUGGUUAUUCUGGACCCACAGUGGUUAAUCAAUGUCUUUUGUCAAAUCAUAACUGUUGUUCCAAGCAAGAAAGAACCAAUGCGAAUCCGUGAACAUCGCCGGACCCUUGCUAAAGAUGGCAUCUUGUCUCAAGAACUUAUCAACUAUGCUUGUCAGAACCUCAGCCUUUCACUUUCCCAAAACUCGCUUCUUUCGAUCAUGGAAAAAUCCAACCUCAUUUGUCGCUGGGAUGUUCAGAAGGACAAGGUGCUCAUUCUUGUGCCUUCAAUGAUGACUGCCAAGCCAGAAGAGGAAAUAUCAGGAUUAAUUUGCCAAGGCUCAGUUGGACCAAUUUACAUUCAGUUUCACACUGGAUAUGUGCCUUAUGGCUUGUUUUCCAGAUUCCUUGUGUUGUUUGGUCAGUACGCCUCCCACGAUCUUGCUGCCCGACCGCCCAAACUUUCCGCAAAUGCAGCCCGAUUUUUUAUUUGUAAGAGAAACAACUACAAUCUGACGUUCGCUUGCUUCAAGAGUGUCAUCACAAUUCAUUUGGUUCAUGAGGGCAAGUCAGAGGACGGCCAAGAGACUGUUACCAUCUGUCAGCAAGUCUGCAGUUUUGUUGAAGACAUUCUUCAGUUUCUUGCUGAGCAGUGUCCAUGGCUACACUCCAUGACAUGGCAGCUGUGUGCUCGCUGUGAUCUGUGUGUUGGUGAAGAUGAAGAUCCUGAGGGCUGUUCAUGGCAUCAUGUCCACUCCUGUCUUCACCCUGACUGCGCGCACUUCAUUCCCUUAGCCUCACAACCUUUAAGAUGUGAUAGGACCUAUAAGCUGAACUCCGUACUUACUGUGGACAAGAUUCAACCCUGGAUGAAGUAUUUCGACUACAGAGAUCAGAAAACAGAUGGACUUCGUUUUAAACCUGGUCUUGUUUCCAGUAAUGAUCUGCUGCACAUAGCACGUGACGUGGGCGUACAGUGGGAUUCAUUAGGUCGCGUUCUGUUGGGUGAGAAGGAAGUGGAACACAUUGACUACGACCAGAAGACACUGUUUGAAAAGUGCUUCGGUAUGCUGACUAGCUGGACAAGAGCUCGAGGAUCCAGUGCUACAUACGCUGCGUUGGGACAGGCGUUAAUGCAGGAUCGGCACACACAAGAUCUUUGUUCAAAGUAUUGCUUGGCAUCGCAGGGAGUGCUUGAAAGUAGUGUCUGAAAGAAGAUGAUCGGGAACUAAUAGGCAAGGAAUGGGAGAAUCUCCUCUCAAGGUAUACUCUCUGAGAGUUUAUUUAUUCCAAGGUGUAGGUAUGUUUGUAAAACUACCUGGCCUGAUUAUUCUUUUCCUUAUGUGAAUAAAAUAAUCAGUAACUUAAAAGAGAAAAGCGCAUUACCGAUUUCAAAUAACACUGUUUCACGUUCUUCCUAAGAAUUUGUGCAAAACGAAGACCCUCGUGUAUAUUGUUUGUAACUAAUUUAUGUAAAGGUAUAUAGAAAAGCUGAUCCGUGAAUGAGUGGUCAGCUCUCGUACGUACAGCUAUACAACAAGAUGUAAUUAUUUAAGAUAAGCUAAGUACAAAUAGAAGAUAGAUAAAAUAAAUAGAUAAAUGAUAAUCGAGUAAAAAUCCAUCCGCGCGCUUUUUCUAAUGCAUUAGGUGUAAAUCUAUGACAAGAAAUAAUUGGACUGAAAUAAUAGAAAAAAUUGAAGCAAAUUUCAGUAAGAAUUCUGCUAAAACAAUGUGAUUAUUCGCUCUCGAUUUCUAUGAGGUAAUAGCUUAUUCGGCCUGCGGCCUCAUCAAUUAUUGCCUUACAGAAAUCUUGAUCUCAUAAUCAUUUUUUUUUCUAAUAGAAAAGCAGUAGAAGUUAGGGAGAACGACAAAUGCUGUGGGAACACGAGCCGAUAGGUGAGUGUUUUCACAGCUUUUCCGAGUUCUUCCAAACUUUGAAAAGUGAUCUUAUAUCUCGAUAGCAACACGAAGAACUAAGUGUUCUCUACUUCUUUUGGAAAGCACCGUGAGAAAAAGAUGGAAAGAAAGAAAAAUCUUUUGUUCAAUUAUCAAAAUGUAUGUUGUCUUUGCUGGUGCUGUUGGUGCGCGCUUUCUUACAGGGUGUUUUCUAAACGUGAAUAUCAAUCAUACCCCGACUUUCAUAUUUUGGUUUCAUUGUCUCAGGGAAUUGUUGAUCCAGAGUAACUAAAGAACGUGGAUGACUUGAGAUUUUGCCUCAUCAAAUUUAGGGAGCCAAAGUUUUUGCACCGACUAACUUUUCAAUUACAGAUUAGUACUGAAACUACAGGCAUUCGCCACUACCUACACCAACCAGCUUGGUUAGUAUUAGCGAUUGGUUUUACCUUACACGUUGAGAAAUAGACGAAAGGGAAGGAAAAUAUAAAAUUUUAAAAAAAUGGAAGAAAUUGUGCCUGCUUGAAGUCAUGUCGUUAACGUGUUGUAAUGUAUUUUGUUUAUCCUUAAAAUCUUAGUGUUAAUGAAGGUAAUUUAAGAGAAUGUUGUGAUCUGUGGUAGGAAUAAAGGAAACAUUGUAAUAACGUA